GGGAGGAGGAGGAGGAGGAGGAAGAAGGCUGCUCCGAAGUGGCGAACUACAGCUCCCAUCAUCCCUCACCGAGAACGGGCCCGCCCGGGGCUGCCGGGCCUUGUAGUCCCCGCAGCAUCUGGAAGAUGACCAUUCUGCAAGACUAUUCAGACCCAUUCGACACCAGGCAAGAAACUCACAGUCCGAUGCAGGAGCAGCAAAGGGAUAAAAAUGAAGGAUACAUGGAGCCAUUCGAAGCUCAGAAGCUCCUGGCUGAGGUUCAGAAGGGUGGAUCCAAGGAAGAAGUUGCCACUCAGAAACCUCUACAUUUGUACGACACUCCCUACGAAGCCUCCGAGAAUGAAUCAGGCCCAGAGAACCCGCCUUCUUCUCAGCCUGCCGUCUCCUGCCGCUACUCGUGGUUGCCAGAAGAUGAUGAGCGGCCUCCAGAGGAGUAUGACCAGCCGUGGGAGUGGAAGAAGGAGCGGAUCUCCAGAGUCUUUGCUGUGGAGAUUGAAGGGAUCAAGGACUUGCCGUGGCCUCCUCCAGUUGGGCAGCUUGAUGGUUCAACUACUAACCACUCGGAACCUGAGAAACACCUCCUUCUCCAAAGCAGCGGCUACAGAGAUGCUCCCCCGGGCCUCCAAAAUGCCAGUACCAGCACUCCAGACUUGUCUGCUUUGCCCUGUCCCCUGGAAGUCAAUAGUGCAGCGACGGUGAAAAACCAUGUGCUGCCGGCGUGCACGGAAGGAAAGUGCGCCCCCUGCUGGUUGAGCCCAGAGGAUGGGGCGGCUUUUGGCGAAUAUGUCAAUCCUGCACUGCCCCUGGAGAGCCAAGCGUGGUACCAUGGGACCCUGAGUCGAGUGGAUGCUGAGAACCUGCUCCGACUUUGCCGGGAAGCGAGUUACCUGGUUCGCAACAGUGAGAGUAGCCACGAUGCCUUUUCACUCUCCCUCAAGAACAGCCAAGGGUUCCUUCACAUGAAACUCCUGCAGACCGAAGACAACAAGUUUAUCUUGGGCCAGCACAGCCCUCCCUUCAACAACAUCCCAGAGGUCAUCCACCACUAUGCCAGCCACAAGCUGCCCAUUCAGGGGGCUGAACACAUGUCCUUGCUCUACCCGGUCUCUACUCAGCCCUCCAGCUGCCUGGCCGCAGAGCAGUGACUUGCACUGAA